UACUUCUCUUGCAGCAUUAUUUUAAGAACGGAUAUCUAGCUUUAUACUUGGUAAAUAAUUCUAUAACUAAUCAUAGCAAAUAUUAUUAUGACACUAGUUUACUGGAUAUCAUCUUUUCUAAUAUUUAAUGAGUAUUUUUGUGGAUUAUCCUUAGCUAUUAACGUAAAUGGAUUGACCUAUUCUCAAAAUGAAGCAAGAAUCAAGAGAAAAACUAACUCAAAAACUGGAUGUACGGCACCAUCUCAACCUAAAAACGGUCGUUGGAUCCCCUUGAAUCAAAACAAAACAAUCAAAGAAAAUGAAAUCGUAGAUGUAAACACUAUAAUUAGCUAUUCUUGUGAUACAUCCUACAAGCUAUCCAGCUCAGAAGCAGACAGGGAACUAGUAGUUUGUCUAAAUGAUGGAAAAUGGUCAUUUCCUGAAAUGCCACGUUGCCAAAAAUUAUGUCCGCCUAUGUACAGUACUAACACCACCAAUUUAAAAUGCAAAAAAUCAGGGGUUCCGGUACCUUGUGAUAAAGCAUCAGACGGUACUGUAUUGAGAUUCACGUGUGCUCCUUAUUUUGAACCAGAAGGAACUAUUCUUUCUAGGAAAUGUGUUGAUGGAAACUGGGAUUAUAGCAAGCCUACGUGCAUACCAGUAUGUGGAAUGAAGUUUGAACAGAGUAUACCAUUGAUACUACGUAGAGCAAUACCUGAAAGUUAUAAUCCUUGGAUGACUGCUAUUUACAGAAAAUACAAUAAGACAACAAACGAGUAUUUAAACAUUUGUGGAGGAUCCUUGAUAGCUCCAAACAUAAUUCUUACAGCCGCCACGUGUGUUACGGAUUACAGUGGCCAACCAAACGACAAAAAUGACUAUAUAGUAGCUGUAGGGAAGUACUACCGUCAAUAUCAAGAUGCAAGAGAUGCAGAUACUGCUCAGUACUCUGAAGUUGAAUAUUUUGAUAUUCAUCCAAAUUACAAGGCAGGACUACAAAACUACCUGGGCGAUAUCGCCAUUGUGAGAGUUAAAACUGCGUUUGCAAUGUCAAAGUUUGUACAACCCAUUUGUUACAUGGAUUUUGACUUUACCUUAGUUCCAGACAUGAAAGGAGUAGUUUCAGGCUGGAAUAUUAUUAAACCAGAUGAAGAAAGAAAAGAUGUUUUAAAAGAGCUGGAAUCUGUUUACAAAGAUUACUCUACAUGUGAAUCAGAAUUUGAAGAAGAUUUCGCGAAAAAGUUCCAUACGCCUGACAAAAUAUGCUCUGGACAAUUUAACAAAAGUAGCGCUAUAUGUAGGGGAGACAGUGGCAGCGGAUUAAUGUUCAAAAAUCCCAAAAAUAACCGGAAUUUUAUUAAAGGUAUCGUAAGUAUAGGUCCAAUAAUUAGAACUUCAGAUAUACCGCAAUGUGAUAUUCAAAGGAGAACGCUUUUUACCAAGAUUGAUUACUACAUCGAUUGGUUGCAAUCUAAGUUGCAUCUUUACGUUGAAACUGAGCAGAAAAUGCGAUUUGGCAAGCUAAUGUUCCUAAUAACAUGUUUUGUUCUCUGCUAUCUAGCUGAUUCUUCCAAUGGAUUUAGUUUAUCUUCAAAUUCAUACGCAAAGACUGAGAAUUCUAGUUUAAUAAGAUUAAGAAGACAAAAUCGAAAUUCAUGUAACGAUGGGUUCCAGUGCAAAACAACUCAACAGUGUAUCGAUGUUGAUAAACAAUGCGAUGGUGCUUUGGAUUGUUCUGAUGGUAGUGAUGAGUUCGAAUCGCUGUGUAAACAACAAGUAUGUCCAGGAUACUUAUUUCGAUGUGACUAUGGAGCUUGUCUGAGCAGUGACAAACAAUGCAACGGUGUCAAAGACUGUAAAGACAACUCUGAUGAAGUCGGUUGCUCCUCGGUCCCCAAAGUCAACACCUAUUGCAGGUCAGAUCAGUUUGAAUGCAGCAACGGUCAAUGCGUCAGCGCAGAUAGUCGAUGUAACGGGGUCACAGAAUGUGACGAUAGAAGUGACGAAACAGAAGAGCUGUGUCUCAACAUUUACUGUCCCGGAUAUACAUACAAGUGCGCAUAUGGUGCCUGCGUAGAUGGAGAUUCCAGAUGUAACGGAGUCCAGAACUGCGUUGACAAUUCGGAUGAGGCUGAUUGUGAGGUGGUACCCACUCCGGUUCCCCCAACAAAACCUACAAAAUCACCACCAUCUGGAUCAGGUACAACGUGUGUGACGCCAGCUCAGCCGGAAAAUGGACGCUGGGUGUAUGCUAGCAACCAACAGGCAGGAAACUCAGGAGAACGUGUUGGGAUCAACAGCAUCAUUAACUUCUCUUGCAACAGCGGCUACAGGCUGUCAACUACGGAGAAAGACAUCGAACUUGUCGUAUGUUUGGAAAAAGGAAAUUGGUUGUUUAAGGACAUGCCUUAUUGUCAAAAACUAUGUCCUCCUCUAUACAACAGUCCCACCAUAACUAUGGGUUGCAAGAAUAUUGAAUCCGGAACACCAGUAACAUGUGACAGAGCUACAAGCGGGGUCAUUUUAAGUUAUAAAUGCGCCCCCUUCUACGAAGCGACCAACCCCACCACCGUCAACUGUCGUGAUGGAACUUGGGAUUAUAGCCCCUCUUGUAUUCCAGUUUGCGGAGAGAAGAGAGUUACGGCUAAUACACUGAUAGUGAAUGGAAGAAAUGUUGAAAGGGGCAAUUACCCGUGGAUGGUUGCCAUUUACAGGUUAGACGAGGACUCAAAUACGUAUAUUAAUGUUUGCGGUGGAUCAUUAUUAAGACCAAAUAUAGUGUUAACAGCUGCCCAUUGCGUGACAAGAAACAAAGAUGGGAAAAUUGCCAACAAGAAUCUAUUUCAAAUUGCCGCUGGCAAGUACUACAAUCGGUAUAAAGAUUCAAGAGAUCUGGAUACAGCCCAAUACAAAGAGGUCGAUCUGAUAGAAACCAAUAACGAAUAUAAAGGUGAACUACGAAACUUUCGUGGUGAUAUAGCCAUUCUAAAGUUGAAAUCACCGUUUGCUUUAUCCCCAGUGAUACAGCCUAUCUGCUAUUUGAAUGUUAACGAGUUCUCCUUGUCAUUGAACGCUCAAGGAGUGGUAACAGGUUGGGGAUUUACAAAGUCUGGUUCAGAUGUGGCUGAUAAAUUGAAGGAAAUCGAGUUGCCAUACAAAGAUGACAAUACUUGUCAAUCUGAAUUUGAUGAAGAAUGGGCAGCAAAAUAUUUUGCAGGAGAUAAACUAUGCGCAGGAUAUUUCAAUCAAUCCACAAGUGUUUGUAAAGGUGAUAGUGGUGGAGCGCUGGCCUUCAAACAUCCAACCUCGAAGCGAUAUUUUGUCCAUGGUAUUGUUAGUAUUGGUCCUUCCUUCAUAAACAACCAAAUUACACAUUGCGACAUUCAGCAAAAUGCUCUUUUUACCAAAGUAACCUUUUAUUUUGAAUGGCUUCAAUCUCGAAUUUCAUUUCUAACCAAAGAUAGCAGUUAGAGUUCUGUCUUUGCUUUAUGUUCAGAUAGAGUUUAAGAAAAAAUAUUCCAUUUUUAUAAUUCCUUAUUUUAUUAAAUUGUAAUUGAUUA